AUGUCGUUAAAUGGAGGAAGGAAGAUUUUCAAAAUAUUAGAUCAUGGUAUUAUUAUGGAUGAUGAGGAUAAUUCUAAACAAUCACUGGUAUAUUAUAUUGAAUGGGAUGAUAAAUCAAAGAGUUGGGAAUAUUUAAAUGAAAGCCUUGAUUCCGAUCAUAAAAUUGAAGAAUACGUUAUGAAUAUUCAGCAAGUUAUUAAAAGACAAUGUUCAACCACCUCCUCGGAAGAAAUAACAAUUCCGAUUCAAUAUCGUGGUUCAUAUUUGAAAACCAAGAAGAAAAUAAUUAAUUCAGAAAAAAAGGAAGUUGAUUUAAUUACUGAAUGGUUAAUUGAUCAAUAUCACAAAAAGGCUAAUUCAUAUUUGAGAUGUCAUGCUGAUCGAGAUGAAAUUAUACUCUCAAUGAUUAACUAUUUAAUGGAGAGUAAUAAUUCUCAACCUAUUCUGGUUGUGGUUUUAGUUUCUCAAAUAGAAAGGUACAAGAAAUUACUCGCAACCAAUUUUCCUCAUGUUAAAGUUUUAACCUAUUAUGGAGUAAAGGAUGUAAGGGUUCCACUAUUUAACAAUUCGAAAAAGAGAGAUUUAGUCAAUCCAAGCAAAUUUCAUUAUACUUUUGAAAUCUGUUUAACAACUAUGGAGCUUUUAAUGAGGGAUUCGAAUCGCAUGUUAGAAGUACCAUGGAGAUGGUGUUUGUUUUAUGGUUUUUGCUAUGGAAAACGUAUGGAUACUGUUUCCAAAAUAACAAAUUGUCCAAUAUUGCUAACUGAAUCUGGAAUGCUUGACCUCAAUAUCUCAAUUACAUUCGAUAUUCUACACGCUCUCAAUUCUGAAUUAUUUUCUAAUUACGAAAAUUUCAAAGAAGAGUUUAUAGAGUUUCCAGACAAGGCAGAACAGUUAUUAAAACCAUAUAUGUGGGAUGAAAGUAAUAGACAGGUGUACUAUUGA